UUUUUAUAAGCUAGCCAUUUGUGCGUGUUUGCGAACUUCAAAGGGAUCUAUUUCGGUGACCUGUUGCGUGCGAGACUGCCUGCUGCCUGCGAGUCCCGGCCUCCCCUCGGCAGGUUGUUUACGCCCGCCGCGCCCUAUUGCGUCAGACACUAUCGACUGGGACUUGGCGCCUCGCUGGCGGGACGCGUCUGGAGUUACUCCAGUUAGUCCUUACACAAACUCCGCGUGGAGCACGCGUGUGAAAUGUAUUUAAUACUUUUGUUGCUGCUUUUUACGACCGCCGACGCUAGGAAAUCCGGUGGGGGCAGGACGCAUUCUGGCGGAUACGGUGGGGGCCACGGCUACGGCGGGGGCCACGGCUACGGCGGGGGUCACAAUUAUGGCGGGGGCCACACUUAUCCUGCGUCCACAGGAUUAUCUGGCGCCGGUACCGGAACCCACCAGACGGGCUCGCAUCAGACCGGGUCCCACUCCUACCCUGCCUCAACUGGCCUCUCCGGAAACAAUAACAUCCCGAAGCAGACAUCCAACCAGCAUAAUGUACACAAUACGCACAAAACUGAAGUACACCACCACCAUCAUUACAGCCCCCCUCAGCAAAUUGGAUACGGGGCACAGAGCUAUCCCGUCUACCAUUCGCCACCGCCCGUCUACGUGUACCAGUACAGAGAUUCAGGGAGCCGGUUCGACAAUCUACUGACGGGACUAGCACUCUACAACUUGGGAAGGAUGUCGAGCCGCCACAGCCAUUACGACGCGAACACGCAAUACGUGGGGAGUCACGGAGAAGUUUGCAAGUUGGGGAUAAGAAGAAGGAACGGGGACUACGAAGAGACGCGCAUCGAUUGCAAGCUCAUGACGAGUUUUAUAUGGGAAAGCGAUUCGAGGUCCAAUCACGUCACUGACCAGACUCAACAAAAGACCGUGGUAAGUUCGGAAGUGAAGGUGACGCAGACGAACACUACUGCUGGGAAUAUGUCUGUAACGACCACCACGACGAAUACUACGCUAGUGGAUGCUGUAGACGUGAAAGGGAAGUCGAUGGACGUAACGCCGGACAUGACGUGCUAUCUCAUUCGCAUAUCGAGGGACACCUCGAUGUUGAAGAAAGAAGUGACUUGCGGUUUGUUGCAGACGUACGCGACGAACUCGUUUCGGAAUAGUGCCGUGAAAGUAUAUCCAGUUCUAUCGUUGUUUGUCUUUCAAAUGUUUCUUAUCCAGGUUAUUUAAAUUAAAUUAUUAAGGACUAUUUUUGUUCACUUAAUUAAAUAUUAUAGCGAGGUAAAAUAUUCGUCGAUUGUAAGGAAAAA